GCUGUCUGCAAUAGUAGUAGUGUAUCUACUAUCAAGGGCCUGUCUGGACUCUGGAGUCCUUACUUCUUACUUCCUUUCUCUUAUCAGAUCCGGGGUGGAAUCUUGCGGCCUAACUAACAUUGUCAGCAACCGCCACUUUCCCAGGGUUCAGCGCAAGGCUCACCGGCGAGGCUUGGCACCUCCCAGCCCCCAUCAGCAUCCAGGAUCCAGGAUUCGGGAUUCACCCAUUCACUCGGACCCAAGUGGGUAGGCAGCAGUAUUAAUAUCCCUUACUUACCUGGCUUGUCUGUCUUCCUCUUUCUUAUCGCUACUUCCGCCCUUACUACCCAUACCACCCCACCAAUAAUCGCCACAGUAGCCGCUACGCAUACUCCGUACUACAAUCGCAAUGGGCUGUCACCCAUCAUCAUCAUCGUCGUCCUCAUCCCCGACGAUCUCCCGCUCCGAAAUCACCAACAACACCGCCUUCACGAACCUCACCCCCUCCGACACCAUCACCCGCAGCGCCCUCGACAAUGUCGCCAUCACCCACUCCUACAGCUCGCCCAACACAACCAUCACCCGCAGCACUCUGGCCACCAGCACCAUCUCCCACGCGUACCUCCGCCGCUGCGUCGCUUCCAAUAGCACCUUAUUCUCUGUGCUUGCCUCCCGCACCGAGAUCCAGAGAUCCGUGGUCGCAGAUGCCCGUCUCCGGCGGUGUACGCUCUCCAACGCGAACAUCAGCAGGCAAUGUAGGCUGGCGCGGAGCGUGGUGACAAAUUCGGAGGUGGUGGAUGGGUGUUCAGUCCACCGGGGGACGAUCGAGCGGUCGACGGUGCGGGGGAGUGCGGUGAAGAGGUCGAGAUUGGUGGAUUGCGAUGUGGCUGGAUGUGUGAUUGUUGGGUCCGACUUUCGGGGGAUGGUGUUGCGGAAUGGGGUGUGGAAGGGGGGAAAGUUGGUGGGCAGGAUGGGGGCGGGGGCAGAGGUCGUGAUGCAGAGAAAACGAGAUGGAGUGAGAAUGGCGGUACCGGACAGGCUGGAGACCAGGGAGCCGACGGUUUGGAUGAAUGGAGAGGAAGAGGGUGAUAGUGGGAUGAGCGAGGGAGAGGAAAAUAUGAAUAUGGGGGUCCCGGGGACGUUGGCAACCAGGGAGCCGGCGGUUUGGACGAAGGGGGACCAGGGGGCGACUAGGGGGGUCCCAGAGGCGUUGGCAACUAGGGAGCCAGAAGUUUGGAUGAAGAGAGAUGAAGAGGGCGGCAGUGUAAUGGGUGAGGGUGAAGAGGCACCGCCGCCGUAUGAGCCUUGAGUUGGACUACUAGUCAUGGGGCCCAGCUGGCUGAUGGUUCCGAGUCUUUGAUUAGAAAGGCACCUUCUGCAGUUAAUUAAAACUGCUGUACCCCGUACAAUGACCCGAAUAUGGCUGCAUUAGAACCCGUGUUGCCCCUGGUGCGAAGACUAAACGGCAGGGUAGAGGAUGCUGCUGCUUUAGACGUAAGACCAUAGUAGGGGUAUGAGACUCUGACAGUUCAGAUCUCAAACGUCUUGGCUGGGUUUGAUCUUGCUGGCUUAAGUAAAAGCUCGUUGCGCCGUUGGUGGUGAUUGGAGUCGGACAAACUUCAGUGCACUGCCAGGUGUUUCCAGUACGGUGUGGCUUGUGAAAACUCAUUCGAACAAUGUUCAAGCUAGAACUCUACCGGUACGAACUUGACUCGGUGUGAGAUCAAUGAACUGCGUC